AUGAAGAAUUACACGGUGCCAAAGAGAGAUUUCCAAAAGAGGGAAUAUUUCAUGGUGGAAGCAGACAGCAGCAUAGAAGAAGUGCGAAAGCAGCAUCCAAGUUGGCGAUACGAGUAUUUAGAUCGAGCUUUGGGCAAGUAUCAUGUUUUUUCGCUUCCCAAGAAGCACAGGGAUGUGUUUCUUUUAAAGAGGAUGUCUGGAAAGGGAUUGUUAGAGAAGAGGGAUGGGGAAAGUACGUUAAAAUCAGUUUACAUGUUACCUGAGAAGAAGUUAGAGAGGCGGGCUCCUGUUCCUGAGGAGUAUUGGGGAGAGGGGGAUAGUAAAAGUGAAGAUUGUGAGGAUAGUGAGAUGAGGGGAGAAGUUAAUGAAGGUGAAGAUAGUGGAAGAGGAAUUAGUGGAAUGAAAAGAGAGAAUAGUGAAAUGAAGGAAGAGGAUAAUGAAAGUGAAGAUAAUGAAAGGGAAAAUAAUGAAAGUGAAAAUAGUGAAAGUGAAAAUAGUGAAAGGGAAAAUAGUGAAAGGGAAAAUAGUGAAAGUGAAAAUAGUAUGAAUGAGGAAGGAGAAAAUGAAGAAGGAAAAAAUGAAGGUGAGGAAUAUCAAGAAUAUGAAGAUAGAAAUAAAAAUAAAAAUAAAGAUAUUCAGGAUAUUCAAGAUCUCAGCUCCAGGUUGGCAAAAAAGGAAAGCAAAAAAGUGACCGACUCGUCCCAGCUCGUGGUGGAAAAAGCGCGCGAGGAGUUUGGCAUCGACGACCCGCAGUUUUCCCAGCAGUGGCACAUCGUCAACGCGGAGUUCCCCGGUGAGGAUGUCGACGUGGUCCCCGUGUGGCGGCAGAAUAUCACGGGCAAGGGCGUGGUGACGGCGAUCAUCGACGACGGGCUCGACUUCGAUAACCCGGACCUCGCGGGGGCUUUCUGCGCGGAGGGCUCCUGGGACUACAACGACAACACUGCACUGCCGCGCCCGCGGCUCCAGGACGACUACCACGGGACGCGGUGCGCAGGGGAGAUUGCGGCUGCGCUCGGCAACGGCUUCUGCGGUGUCGGCGUUGCGCACGGCUCGCGCGUAUCGGGGGUGCGCAUCCUCUCCGGCAGCCUCACUGCGGAGGACGAAGCCGCCGCAAUGGUGCAUGCGCUGGGCGUCAACGACAUCUACUCUUGUUCCUGGGGGCCACCAGACAAUGGGCGCGCAAUGGAUGUGCCGGAUAAAAUUGUGCGCGAGGCAAUUUUGAAAGGCGUCCAGGAGGGGCGCAGCGGCAAGGGCGCAUUGUACGUUUUCGCGAGCGGCAACGGCGCGUUGCAUCAGGAUAGCUGCAAUUUUGAUGGGUACACGAACAGCAUUUAUUCGAUAACGGUGACUGCGCUGGACCACCGCGGGCUCCACCCGCAGUAUGCGGAGUCGUGCGCCGCCGUGAUGGUUGCCGCUUACUCGUCUGGGUCGGGCGCGCACAUCAGCACGACGGAUUUCAAGGAGGGGUGCUCUGCGCGGCAUGGCGGGACGUCUGCGGCUGCGCCGCUCGCCGCAGGGCUCUAUGCGCUCGUCCUCGAGGCGAACCCUGCGCUCACGUGGCGCGACGUGCAGCAGUUGACCGUCAUGGCCGCCGUGCAGGUGCAUCCGGAGGAUCCCGGGUGGCAGGACUCGGCGAUUCCCGGCCGGAGGUACUCGUACAAAUUCGGGUGGGGCAAGUUGGACGCUGCGAAAAUUGUCGCCGCUGCCCGCGACAACUACCGCCUCCUUCGCCCUCAGGCCUGGUACUACACGCCGUACCUGCACCUGGGCGAGGGGCAAAAAAAUGAUGACAAAAACAAUAUCUCCUCGCACGUCCAGCCCGAGGGCUCGAACCUGCCCUGGCCAGACCACUCAGUAAUUUUUUCGUCCUCUUUUGACGUGUCCCAAAAGGGCAUCGCGAAUGCCAACCUUCACCACAUCGAGCAAAUUACAGUCACCGUCAACGUUUCCACCUCAAAAAGAGGUGCCGUUUACAUCCGCUUGGUUUCCCCACACGGAAUCGUGUCCCGGUUGGCCCAGCAGAGACCUCACGAUACCGAUUCGUCGGGUUUUAACAACUGGACUUUUUCGUCUGUGGCCCAUUGGGGUGAGGACCCAGUUGGAAAUUGGGAAAUCCAGGUCAUCAACACUGAACCUGAUAGUCAGCGGGUCGAAUUCCACGGCUGGCAGCUUCGAUUUUUCGGUGAGUGCGUAGAUCCGAAAAGGGCAAGGCGGUUUGACAUGGAUAAGGAUUAUAGUGAGGAGGGGGAGAAGGAACUGACUUCGAUUUUGUCUGUAUCAUCUUUAUCAACAUCAACAUCAGCAUUGCCUUUAUCUUCAUCUUCAUCUUCAUCAACAUUGCCUUUAUCUUCAUCUUCAUCUUCAUCAACAUUGCCUUUAUCUUCUUCUCCAUCCUCUUCUUCCUCAUCCUCUUCUUCUCCUCAUUCUUCACACACUCUCCCAUCAGACCACGCUGACUGGUACUUCCUUGCACUCCUCCUCCUUGGCUUCGGAAUCUGCAUGUGGAUGCUCAAAUGCCGCAAAAAACCCGGAAGAGCUCGCCAAAGAGACGAAUACGAGUUUGAAAUCAUCAAUCCUGACGAAGAAGACUCCGAUUUCGACCACAACUCUCGUUUUCAGCCCAGUAUCGACUCCUCUGAAGACGUUGCCGGAUCUCCAGCCGCCAAAAAUGCUGAUGCCGAUGAUGAAAAUGCUGAAACUGCACACGAUGAGCUUUUUAACAACUCCUACGCUCAAGAUGACCAGUCAGCGUUUAAUACUGAAGAGGAAGAAAGAGAGCGUUUAUUUAAUACUUCGAACGCAGACGAUCCCUUCAGGGUUUCAGAUGAUGACAGUACAUAG